AUGGUUUUGACGGGAGGAAUAGCGCGGAUACACUUGCCAGUAAAUGGUGUCAGCCCCGCACAGUUGGAAGCACUCUCGCCUCCGAGUCAGAAGGUUGCGGAUGAAGGCGACACUUGUGAUGUUGAUGCCCAGCACCGCAUAGCGUGUGGCAACCCCGCCAUCAGCGAGGUGGCGUGCCACUUGAAAGGCUGCUGCUUCGAUGCCCCGAGCGCAGGGACUCCUUGCUUUUAUGGAAGAACAGAGCGUGUUGAGUGCACGAGAGACUUGUUUAGCAUUGUCAUCCCGAAGGAUGUGACCGUUCCACCGUUGAACCUUAGUUCUGUGUCUUUGGCGAAUGGAAGAGCUUCUGAAUGUUCCCCUAAAGUCAGAACAGCGGCAUUCAUUGUCUUUAGAUUUCCCGUUUCUGCGUGUGGCACAACUCAGGUGUUUGACGGCCAAACCAUCACUUACGAAACCGACGUGAUAGCGGAGAGAGAGAUCCUGGAUGGUCCUUCUGGAGUGAUUACUAGAGACAGCACUUAUAGGUUACAUGUGGAAUGUCGCUUUGCUGGAGAUGCUGAGCUCCCCUUCCAGGUGCUGGUGAACACUCCAGCGCCCCCAUCUCUUGUAGUGAAGGCCGGUGUCCUGAACAUGGAGAUGAGGAUCGCGAAAGAGCAAUUGUACAGCACUUGGUAUGCCAAGGCGGACUACCCUGUCCUGAAAUUCUUAAGGCAGCCGGUGUUUGUCGAAGUCCGAGUCCUUAACCGAACUGACGCCCACAUCAAUUUGAUGCUGUACGACUGUUGGGCAACUCCAUCCCCUGACUCUGAUCACAGAACCCAAUGGAGGAUUCUGGUGAAUGGGUGCCCGUAUUACGGAGACAAUUACUUGACUCGAUUGCACAGGGUUAACCGAAGUUCAGAGGUUCCGUUCCCAACUCAUCGUAAACGGUUUGAAUUGAAAACGUUUGGUUUCUGGGAUUCGAAGAUUCAAAACCUUUUGCAUGGGAAGGAUUCAAAAGAGAAGCAGAAGUUGAUGUUCAAAGUGAACCUGUCCAAAGACGACUGGUGA